AUGUAUCUCCAAACCGUCCUCCUCGCCCUCCUGGCCACUGCUGCCGCCACACCCAUCAUUGACGCGCGCCAAAUAUCCAUCAACCAGGCCCAAGUCGCCGAAUUCAACCAGCGGGUCGGGGAUCUGCGCGCCGUGCUCCAGCAGAUCGCGCAGGUUACGAGCGAUGCGUCCGCCGGCGUGGUGGCAGGACAGUUCAAUCUCGGGGACCAGAUUAAUCGGCUGAAUAGUGCGGGGGGCGAGAUUAACGGGGCGAUUGAUGCUAUUCAGGGGCGGUUGAAGGACGUUUUGGGGCAGUUUUCUGGGACGGAGGAUGCGGCUGGGAAGAUUGCCAAGGGGAUUUUUGGAUAA